GCUGUAGGCCUGCCUUUACAUAAGUCUGAGCGCGCGGCGGGGACGAACGGACGGUCUACAGACGAAAAACAAAAUGGCGGUAAUAAACUUCAGAUUACUGGUGCUGUUUGCAAUAACACAAUAUUGUGGUGCAGACUCCAUUUAUAGAACGGCCCGCCAGCAAGGGCCGGCCAGCAUCUUCACCAUCGGCAACGGCGAGCAGUGUCAGGGCGGCGGCGACAAGUCCAUCGGCGGCGUCUGCCUCUCCCGGAACCAGUGCAACACGCAGGGCGGCAAGGCCAUCGGCUUCUGCGGGGUCUUCGCCACCUGCUGCUCGUUGAACGCGUGUGACAUCCGCACCAACACGAAGGUGGCGGUGUUCAUCAACCCGCCGCUCAGCAAGGAGUCGUCGGGCCUGGAGUGCUCCUACAACAUCGAGAUCAACAACAACAACGUCUGCCAGAUGAGGAUCGACUUCGAAACCUUCAACCUGGCGCCGCCCACCACGGUGGAGGCGGUGGACAAUGUGACGCAGCGGCCGGGCUACAUGUGCAAGAACGACAUCUUCCGCGUCUCCAACCUGCACGGCAACGCCGAGUCGCUGCCCUCGCUCUGCGGCGACAACAGCGGCCAGCACUUCUACGUCCGAGUCAACGCGUCCAUCAACGACCGCUCUGUGCGCUUGGACUUCAAGCUGGCAGACCGCAUCUCCCAGCCCAACCUGCCGCAAGCCACGUGGAAGAUCAAGGUCACGCAGCUCGAGUGCUUCAACACUUUGGGCAAAUAUCGCGAUGGUAUCCUGGACGCCAUCACUGCAUCACUUCCUGCUACUCCCUUCACCACCACCGCCGACCGGGAUGAGUAUCUGAUUGCGCCCCCGGGUUGUCUGCAGUACUACCCCGACCGCGCCGGGUUCUUCGAGUCCUUCAACUACAACCGCGGCGCCGGCCCUUACAUUGCCAACCUGGCGUAUGCGACGUGCUUCAAACGGUCUUCAGACGUCUGUGGCAUCAAGUUGACAGCAGCCAGCUUCGACGUGGCAUGGCAGGAUGACAGUAACCUGUAUGUGGAUACGGACUGCAAGGCCAACCCGCUGACGCAGGGGCAGGCGCACUCAGAGGAUUAUAUCUUCAUCCCCGAAGCCGAGACCGCUGACGGGUUGAGAGGAUCCAAGUUCUGCGGAAGCAGUGCCGCUAACCAGAUCAUAGCUUCCACGCCGCCGGGCCCCCUGUACGUGUACUUCCACAGCGACAACCUGGUGUCGCACGGCGUGCCCGAGGCCGGCUACCGGUUCACGUACAACGUGCUCAACAACUGCUACCUUAAGUGAAACGUCAGAGAGUCCUUUUCAUGAAAGAAGUCCCGCGACCAAAACCUGAACUAAAAUUUGACAGCGCCUUACACAAAUGACAAUAAGACCGCCAUUAAAACAUUAGCGCCGCGUCUUUCAUGAAAAGGGCUUUACAUUCGUUGAGAAGCUCAAUUUUUUUAAAUAUUUUUGUUAUGAAUCAUGAUUUAAAGAUUAAAUAUUUUUAAUGUCGAAUCAGAUAUACGCGCUGCAUCUGGAGAACUUCUUUUAUGAAAAGGACUUUACAUUCGUUGGGAAGCUCAUUUUUUUUAAAUAUACGCCACUGGUUUUUGUAACAUGUAAUGUCUUUAAGUAAAUUAAUAAUAAUUAUUGUGGAUUUUUUUAUAAAUACUAAUUUAAGAAUAAAUUCUAAAUAAUAUCACUUACUUUGUAUGUAUUUGUUAAAUCAUGAUUCGGUAGAAAAAAGCCAUAAAAAUGUUAAAUAGGUCAGAUGACUGAUUUUGUAGGUUUAAGUAAAAUAAUAGUAGGUAUUUAUAUAAUUCUGAUGCAUUUAUAAUUUAAUUUAUUGAUUAAAUUUACCUAUUAGUUUACGAUAAUACAACAAAUAAAUUAUAACUUAAGAAUCA